GGUGGGAUUCCAACCCAGAAGCGGGCGUCUGGAGCCCUCAUGCUUCACCCUAGCCCCAUGAAACGAGCACGCAGGAUGGCUCUGAGCAGCGAGGAAAGUGCUGGAAGGAAGCAAGCACAGCGCGUCCCUGGCUGGGGACGUUAAUCAUUACCCGGGGGCGGCCCCAGCGCGGCCCCGCCCCGGGACUGCCGCCUGCGCGCCUGGCCGCCGCCUGCCCUCUCCGCCAGCCACCUGCUGCCGCCCGCGCCAUGGCUGGCAAAGCACACAGGCUGAGCGCCGAGGAGAGGGACCAGCUGCUGCCAAACCUGAGGGCUGUGGGGUGGAAUGAGCUGGAAGGCCGCGAUGCCAUCUUCAAGCAGUUUCAUUUCAAAGACUUCAACAGGGCUUUUGGGUUCAUGACAAGAGUGGCCCUGCAGGCUGAGAAACUGGACCACCAUCCUGAAUGGUUUAACGUGUACAACAAGGUCCACAUCACACUGAGCACCCACGAGUGUGCCGGCCUUUCAGAACGGGACAUAAACCUGGCCAGCUUCAUUGAACAAGUAGCAGUGUCCAUGACGUAGACCCCGCUCUUCCUCUUUGAAUUCCUCUGGGGGAAGGGGUGACUGAACUGGGAAUCCAGGGAGGGAGCUGAGGAGCCCUUGGCCUCUCCCGACUUCCCUCCCAAGACCCAGUUGCCUCCACUGAGGGGCGAGUCCUGGCUGUGGGAUGUGCCAGCAUCCCUACCAACAUCAGGAAUUUAGACCUUUUCCCUGUACCACUCUCUUUAUCCUGGGGGCUCUGUUACACUGAUUUGAAUAAGCUCUCCCCUUUCUUUGCAACUUCCCAGCAACAAUAAUGAUUUUCUUGCCAGGCUGUAUCUUGCUCCCUAAUUCAUUUCCCAGGAAGCUGUGACAGAGGGUGAAAUAGUCUUGUCUUAGAAACCAAUACCCUAAACCUACACUAUGUAACAGAAACACAUGUGCUUUUAUGUCUCAAAUAAAACUAUGAUAUCACUUGG